CCUCUUCUCUUCCACCCCCAUUGUUUCCUUUCCUUUGUUGCACAGUUCCAAGCUCCACAGUUCUCUUUCUAGAGAGAGAGAGUGUGUGGAACGCAAGAGGAACACAAACAACACUGAGGGGAUAAAGGGGGCACUUUUAUUCUCUCCCUACCUUCUUUAUGAAGCCUCUCUUCCACAGAUGCCUCUGUUUCCUGAACCACUCACCUCUGAAGCUUCCCAGAUUCUCUAACUCCCUUUCCCCUUUCUUCUUUACCCUUAAAACCUCCCUUUCUCACCCUCUAAACCGCAAUUUCUACGCUCUCCCCUCCUCUCAGCCCAAUUCCCAAACCCCCAUGCCUAAUUAAAAAAAAAAAACCAACAAAUGAUGCCUCUUCUUCUUCUUCUUCUUCUUCUUCUUCUUCUUCUUCUUCUUACCUUCUCUCUUUCAAGCCCUACUAGCUCCAAUUCCCUCCAGGGAGAUGCUCUUAUCUUGGCCAGUCUGAAACAAGGCAUUGAUUCAUCCAACCUAGUAUUGGAUAGCUGGAACACUUCCAAGCCAAGCUCGGUGUGCUCGUGGUUCGGAGUACAAUGUGAACACGGCCGCGUGGUUGCCGUUGAUCUUUCCUAUCUAAACAUCUCUUCCUCCUCCUCGAUUGACAUCUCCGGCCUCAACUUCCUCGUCAACCUCUCCAUCGCCGUGAACAAUCUUACAGGAGUGAUCAAGCUCUCCAACUUGCCCGGUCUUCGCUUUCUCAACAUAUCGACCAAUCAAUUGAAUGGCGGCCUCAAUUGGGACUACUCGACCCUGCCCAACUUGGAGGUGUUCGAUGCCUACGACAACAACUUCACGGCCCCCCUCCCUCUCACCGUCACAAAAUUGAAGAAUAUUAAGUACUUAGACCUUGGCGGCAACUUCUUUCACGGGGAAAUACCGGCCAUAUACGGUGGCAUGAUCUCGCUGGAGUACCUCUCACUAAACGGCAACGACCUCCACGGCCGAAUCCCCAAGGAGCUGGGCAAUCUCACAAGCUUAAAGCAGCUCUACUUGGGCUACUUCAAUUCCUUCGACGGCGGCAUCCCAGCUGAGCUUGGCCGGUUAGCCAAUUUAGUCCACCUUGACCUCUCUAGCUGCAGUCUCGACGGCGAAAUCCCACGGCAGAUUGGGAGUUUGCUCUCUCUCGACACGCUCUUCCUUCACACUAACCAGCUCUCCGGCCCCAUCCCUCCGGAAUUGGGCAACCUCACGCGGCUCGUCAUGCUCGACCUCUCCAACAAUGCUCUAACUGGCGAGAUCCCUGCCCAGCUUGCAGCGCUCACGGAGCUGCGGCUGCUGAACCUGUUCAUGAACCGGCUUCACGGCUCUGUCCCAGGAUUCAUAUCGGAGCUUCCGAAUUUGGAUACUCUCCAACUGUUCACGAACAACUUCACUGGCUCUGUCCCAUUACGUCUUGGUGUGAACGGGCAGCUCCAGGUGCUCGAUCUCUCAUCGAACAAGCUCACCGGUACCAUUCCUGAUAGCCUCUGCUCCUCAAAUCAGCUCAAAGUGCUCAUCCUCUUGAAGAAUUUUUUGUUCGGUCCGAUUCCGGAGAGCUUGGGGAAUUGCUCGAGCCUGAUCCGAGUUAGACUCGGGCAAAAUUAUCUCAACGGUACCAUCCCCUCAGGGUUCCUUUACUUACCCCAGUUGAACCUUUUGGAGCUCCAAAACAAUUACCUCACGGGACCCCUGUUAGAGAACCCUAGCACGAGCCGACACCCGACCAAAUUGGCUCAGUUGAACUUGUCCAACAAUUUGCUCUCUGGGCCAAUUCCGGUCUCUAUUUCAGACCUAUCUUCCCUCGAAACACUGUUAUUGGGCGGCAACCGGCUUGGCGGCGCAAUCCCCAACUCGAUCGGCCUGCUCGGACAGGUGGUUAAGAUCGAUUUCAGUGGCAACGAGCUAUCCGGUCCGAUCCCGCCGGAGAUUGGGCACUGCGUCCACCUAACGUUCCUUGACCUUAGCCAGAACAACCUCUCUGGACCAAUUCCGGCAGAGAUCGCCGAAAUUGGGAUCCUGAACUACCUCAACCUAUCAAGGAAUCAUCUAACUCAAUGCAUUCCGCGGUCGAUCGGCGGAAUGAGGAGCCUCACAGUGGCCGACUUCUCGUUCAACGACUUGUCGGGCUGGUUGCCAAGCACGGGCCAAUUGGCCUACUUGAACGCGUCAGCAUUCGCCGGCAACCCCCAGCUCUGUGGUCCGGUGUUGAACAGCCCAUGCAACUAUUCGACCGGCCCGGCACGGCUGCGUCGUGUGCCGGGGGAGUACAAGCUCGUGCUCGCGCUCGGCCUAUUAGUCUGCUCCCUCAUAUUCGCCGCCGCCGCAGCGGUGCGGUCCUACAAGCGCGGCGGGUCUGAUAGCAGUGGCGGCGGGGCGUGGCGUCUCAGCACAUUCCAGAAGGUCAACUUCGGCGUCUCGGACGUGCUCGAGUGCAUGAAGGAGGGCAACGUGGUGGGGCGCGGCGGCGCGGGCGUGGUGUACGCGGGGCGGACCCAGAGCGGCGGCACGAUCGCCGUGAAGCGUCUGCUUGGCCUCGGCAGCGGAGGCGGAGGCGGCGAGCACGACCACGGGUUCGCAGCGGAGGUCCGGACGCUGGGGAGCAUCCGGCACCGGAACAUCGUGCGGCUCCUGGCCUUCUGCACGAAUCACGAGGCGAACGUGCUGGUGUACGAGUACAUGAGCAACGGGAGCCUGGGGGAGUUGCUGCAUGGGAAGGGGGGUGGGUUCCUGGGGUGGGAGAGGAGGUACAGGAUCGCGGUGGAGGCGGCGCGGGGCCUGUGUUACCUCCACCACGACUGCUCCCCCAUGAUCGUGCACAGAGACGUCAAGUCCAACAACAUCUUGCUCGGCGACAACUUCGAGGCACACGUGGCGGAUUUCGGCCUCGCCAAGUUCCUGCGCGAUGGGGGCGCCUCCGAGUGCAUGUCCGCGGUCGCCGGUUCCUACGGAUACAUCGCUCCAGAAUAUGCUUAUACCCUCAAGGUGGAUGAGAAGAGUGACGUCUACAGCUUCGGAGUGGUACUUCUCGAGCUCAUCACGGGCCGUCGCCCGGUCGGGGAAUUCGGGGACGGAGUGGAUAUUGUUCAAUGGGCUAAGAGGAUGACAAACUGCAGCCGAGAGAACGUCGGUAGUAUUGCGGACCCAAGGCUAAGCACGCUGCCUAUCGACGAAGCAAUGCACGUCUUUUUCAUAUCGAUGUUAUGCGUUCAAGAGAACAGCAUCGAGCGGCCGACGAUGAGGGAGGUGGUCCAAAUGCUCUGCGAAUUCCCGCAUCGUGUCACGGAGGAUCAAUCUCCUUCGUCAUCUGCGCCGCAGCAAGAAGAGAGCAGCCCCAGCAAGGAGACCAACUGCUACAAGCUCUUUCCAGAUCUAUUGACCUAGAUAAUGAUCAGAUGUUGGGAUGUUAUUCCAUUAAUUACACUAAUGAUGCUCAAGCAACCUUUAUUCUCUAGCUUUUGAAGCAUGCAUAAGUUGGUCGCCUCCUUUUAUUCCCAAAAUACUUUGAAAGCAAGGUGGUGUGGUGGGGAAAGGAGGGAAUAACAACGGAAUUCUUUGUUCUUGCUAAAGGUGUAUAGGGUUAUUAUGGAGAGACUUGAUGUAGGGUUAGCUUGGCUUUUGUAUUGCCAUGUUGCUCUAUGGGUGUGGUCCAUGUACAAUAGCCUGCUAUCAUAACUUCUUUUUUUUCUUCUUUUUUUUUUGGGGGCCUUUCGUAGUAAUCUUUGUAAUCUUUAGCCACAAUAUGUUGUAUCCUACUCGGGAAAUUCCGCGUGAAUAUGCUUCGUAGUCUAAUAUUUGUCGAGUCAUCUAAGCGUCCUGCGCUUUGGAUGUGACUUGUCUUGUCAUCAUUCGGAGAAGUGCAAACUUCGCCUUUUUGGUGU